GUGGACGCGUGAAAUAUAUAAAAAACAAACACCAAAAUAACAAUCGACAAACAAACUGGUCAAUUGUAAUUUGAAAAAAAAAGAAAUUAAAAAUUAUUAAAAAUUUAUUUCAAAUUUCUUUUAAAAAAACAAGCCACAACAUGACGGAUUUAGAAGAACUAAAAAGCUUUACUACUAAAGUAAAGCAUCCAAAACAGAGUUUGUACAAAGAAACAUUUCCAGAUGUGGGUAGAAUUAUAAAAACUCGCUCAAAAAGUUGUUGCUCUACCGAUACUAUAAGGAAAUUUUUCCCGAUUUUAACAUGGUUACCUAAAUAUGAUCCUAAAUUUCUGGUACCAGAUUUUGUGGCUGGUUUGACAGUGGGUCUUACAGCCAUACCACAGGCUAUAGCUUAUGCCAUUGUUGCCGGUUUACCAACACAAUAUGGUUUAUAUUCAGCAUUUAUGGGUUGUUUUGUUUAUAUUAUAUUUGGUACUUGUAAAGAUAUAACAGUGGGCCCUACUGCUAUUAUGUCUUUAAUGAUUCAAACUCAUAUUGCUGGUAAUCCAGAUUAUGCUGUACUAUGUUGUUUCUUAUCGGGUUGUAUUAUAUUUCUAUUGGGUAUUUUGAAUUUGGGUGUAUUGGUAAGAUUUAUAUCGGUACCAGUUACCACAGGUUUUACUUUGGCUGCCGCUCUGACUAUUGGUAGUGGUCAAAUAAAUAAUUUAUUUGGCAUUAAAAGUCCCUCCAAUGAGUUUUUAGACUCAUGGAUAAAUUUCUUUACCCAUAUAACUGAAACCAAAAGAAAUGAUGCCAUUUUGGGUGUUUGUACUUUGGUGGUAUUGCUGUUAAUGAGAAAAGUUAAAGAUUUACCUUGCCGUUUUAAAACUUUAACCAAAUACAUUUCCCUGUCCCGUAAUGCUUUGGCAGUGGUGGUGGGUAUAUUGAUUUGUUAUCUACUAAGUCAUGAUGAUUGGUUGCCCUUUAGAGUAAGUGGUAAAAUUACACCUGGCAUACCACCUUUUAGACCACCACCCUUCUCUACCAGUACCAAUGGUACCACCGAUAGUUUUGGAGAUAUGGUAUCAAAUUUAGGAGCCUCAUUAGCUGCCUUACCUAUGAUCUCUAUACUCGAAACAGUAGCCAUAGCAAAAGCAUUUUCUAAAGGUAAAAUAGUUGAUGCUUCACAAGAAAUGAUAGCUGUGGGUCUUUGUAAUGUUAUGGGUAGUUUUGUUUCUUCCAUGCCAAUUACUGGUUCUUUUACCCGUUCCGCUAUUAAUAACUCCAGUGGUGUUAAGACCACUUUGGGAGGUGCUGUUACUGGUAUUUUAGUUCUAUUGACAUUGGCCUUUUUGACUUCGACAUUUUACUAUAUACCCAAAGCUACUCUAUCGGCCAUUAUUAUAUCUGCCAUGAUAUUUAUGGUGGAAUAUGAUCGUAUUGGAGAAAUUUGGAAAUCGAAAAAAUUGGAUUUGUUUCCUUUCCUGGUAACCGUAAUAGCUUGUCUAUUUUUGGGUUUGGAAUAUGGCAUGGUAUGCGGUAUUUUGGCUAAUAUGUUGUUUAUUUUAUAUAAAAGUGCUAGACCAAAAAUUUUCAUUCAUAAUGAAAAGAUACAAUCUAUACAAGUGGGCAUUGUAAAUGUUAAGGAAAAUCUUUGUUAUUCUUCAGCAGAAUAUUUAAAAUCAAAAGUUGUUAAAUUUGUAGCCACCAAUGAUGACAUUAAAUUGAUUGUUUUAAAUGGAGAAGAAAUAACAAAUAUUGAUUCUACUGUGGCUUUGAACAUUUUGUCAUUAAAAGAAGAUUUACUUAUCUACUCUUGUGACUUGGUAUGUUGGAAUUGGAAUAUCAGCGCUGCUGGCGUUAUUUGUAGAUUACAUCCUAAAGAGAAAUCUAUGUUUAAGUUUACCAAAUCUAUAGCUGAACUUGUAGAGGAAGCCAAACCUAGACUAAGUGCUUUAGACAAUACAAGUGAACAUCUUGAAGUUUAAAAAACACUAAUACAAAUGUACAAAAACAGUUCCUUAUAUAAGUUAAAACAAAUUUAUGUGUCAUUUAAUAAAUGUAUUUUUUUUAGAUAAUUUUUGUAUAAUGUAAUAGAUAAAUAGUAUAUUUAAGUUUAAGAGAAAAAAAAACGAUUUCAUAUAAAAAUUUAUGUUUAUACGAAAAAUUUUAUUUUAAAAGCAGUAAUGUUUUUAAUUAAGUUUAAAUUAUAUUAGAGUAAUAUUUCGCUGGAUCGAAACUUAUAAACUUUCUGCUAAAUAUAUUGUGAAUAUACCUAUGUAUACUUUUAAAGUUAUAAAUAAAAGUUUAG